AUGUUCGGUCCUCUGGGCUUGUCGCUCGCUCCGUAUGUUCAGUCCUCGCGGACGCUCUCCAAGUGGAUCACACCCGUUGCCAACUGGUACGUCAACGCCGCUGGGUACCGCAAGUAUGGCUUCAAGUACGACGACAUCUUGGUCGAAGAAAACCCAACUGUACAACGGGCCCUGACCCGCCUCACUCCCCGUGAAAAGUAUGACCGCGCCUACCGUUUGAAACGCGCUUCCCAAGCCAGCGUUCUGCAUGCACCCUUGCCUAAGGAGCUAUGGAUAACGGAGGCUGAAGAUGUCCGUUACCUCAGGCCUCACGUCGAAGAGGUGGCCAAGGAGGAGGAGGAGCGCAAGAAGUGGGAUAAUCUUAUCGUUCAGAGGAAGUAG